AAUUUCUUUCUUUUUAAAUUCUGUAGCAGGAUAGCUUCUUCACCAGUGCGCUAUUAUGGUCGUUUGCAAUUAGUGUUGGCCGACAAAAGUUUCCCAUCAUUUCUCGCUAACCUCAUUUACUCGCACUGAUUAAUACGUCAACACUUGUUUCAUUUUAUUUUGCAACCAAUCACCAUGUCUUAGUCUUCCUCUUAAUUAAUCCUGACUAUCUUUCCACAAACAAUACUUCAUACAUUUUCUUGUGUAAACGUUGUUCUUUUUAGUGAGAACUUUAUAUUCCUAUUUAUAACAUAUAUUUAGUGAGUUUGUAUUUAUUUAAUACUCACUCUCACUCUAUUCUUAAAAGAUCCAUGUUUUUAAAAAAUAUUUUGUUUCAAAAAAAUGUAUAUUUUAUGUUUUCUAUGAGAAAAUUGUAAACUUUAAAAAAAUUAAUUAGUUUUAUUAGAUUACUAUUUGCUAAAAGUUGUUGAAAAUUAAAAAUUACAUAAAACAAUAAAUUUACUAUAGUGAUUUAAUGUGUUUUUUUAAUAUGUGUGAAAACACUAAAAAAUCUAUUUUUUAAGAACACAUGGAGUAUAUAUGUACAAUUUCUUAUAUAUAUGCGAUAGUACUUAUUUAUACAUAUGAAAUUUUAUGAUACAGUGUAUGAGUAUCUGCUAAAUAAUUUAUCAAAACUUUGCAACAUAUCAGGCGUACAUAAACAAUUGAUGCGAAACUUUUUGGUGUAGCCGUGCAGGGUUCCAUUAAUUGCGUACACUAAAGACAUCCUUAUGUAAAAGCUUUAAAAUCUGAUGCAACUAAACUAAAAGUAGGAAAUCAUAAAGUAUUUCGUUUUUUAACUAUACUAUUUUGUAAUAAUUAAUACAUACUGAAAUACUGGUAUUUCCAACUUGGAAAAUUAGUUACUCCAUCCAUUCAUUAAGGAUACAUAUUCUAGAGAAAAUUUUUGUUCAUAAAAGAUCUAUUUUUUUUUUAUUUUCAAUGCAUGUUUUAUUAACUAAUUGCAAACUUCAAAAAACUUAAUUGUACUUAUUGAUUUUUUAUUGGCUUAAAAUUAUAGAAAGAAGAUAAACACAAAAAAUUAUGCAAAUUUAAUGUGUUUUAUUAAAAUGUGUGAAAAAACUAGAAUAUGAAUAUUUUAGGAACAGAGAAAGAGUAUUUUUUUUGGUAAAAUCAAAACUGUUUUGGAUAAAUUUAUUAUAGUGAUUAACCUCAGAGCAAAAAAAAAAAUAUUUGGACCUAAACUCUGGCAUCCGUAUGUAAGAAGGGGAACUAUUGGGAUACAAGUCUUUCUCUUUGGAAAAUUAGUUGCGCAAUAUUCUAAUUUCUACAUUAGAAACGCAAUAUUCUAAUGUAAACUUUCAUAUCACUAUUUCACAGAAAUUCAAAAUCGAUUGGGUAAAAGUUAUUUAAUACUUUUGACUAUAUCUAUCACUAUCAGUAUAGAGUCUAGACCAUACUUUUGGAUCACACAAUUUUCUCAGACGAAAUAAAUCAUAAUUCAAUAAGAUGAUCAUGUGAAUGACAUAUAGAUCUAGCGGUCACUAAUCUUAUACGCUAUGAAUAUUUUGUUGGUUCAUGGGUGGAUACGUAGCAAGGUUUUGAUUAACAAAACAGCAUGUCUGAUAAUUAUAUACUAGGUUCUGUUCGUAGAGUAGUAAACAUGUAUAGAGGAUUAGGAAAAAAAUUACUAAAACCAAAUUUACUCAUUUUAACACGUCUUAUUCAAGGUUUGGGGAAGAUUAUCGGUGAACAAGUUAAUCGAUGAUGUUUGAGAUUGCCUUUAGUGCAGGAUAGAGAGUAUACAAUAUAUUUACAGGCUAUAUAGAUUUCUCAAAAUAUGUAAAUCGGAUAUGCGGUUGGUUUGAUCGAUACAUCAUACAUAUAGUGAUUUUUUUACAUAAAACAUAAACUGAUUUUCCAAUUUAGUCAGAAGGAUGCUUUGAAUUAAUGAUGAUGUUGGUAACUUGCAAUUAUGAUUCUAGAAUGGGAUAGGAUGUAAACAAACAUGCAUGUUGUCGUAUUUAUUUUCUUUGUUAAAACAAUUGAAACAGUAGUAUAUAUAUAUGUAUGUGUGUGUGGUAACAAAAACUUGAAAACUUUCUUCAUUCUAUUUCUCUCUCUCUCUUUCCCUAAAAAGAUAUGGAAACUUCAGAAAACACCAAUCUCCAAAACCCUAAACCCACAACGCCAUUUCACUAUCACCUAGAAGAAGCACUCUCUCUCCGAGAUCUUCCCCUCAACACCGAAAACACCAAUUCCACCGCCACCACAACAACCACCACUGAAGACCAACGUAAACGAUCAAUAGAGCUUUUUGAGUUCCUUACCUCAACCUCCAACGACUGUUCUCCGGCAGAAAACAUAAUCUUCGGCGGCAAAAUCAUCCCCUUAAAUUACCAAAAUGCCAUCCUUUCAUCUCCCGAGUACAUUCGCCCUCGCAUAAGCACAAGAUCCGAGCCCUUAUCCACUAUACAAGGCAACAAGCUCAACCGUCCCGUGGCACGUGACAAUGCAAGACCCAUGAGGAUAAGCCGUUCUCUAGAUCAUCGCAACCUCUCACGUGGAUCAACCACCGCACGUGGAAACGCUUCUCCGACAAAAAGUACGACAAAGCCUGAAACGGUCUCGUCUGGAAAUAGAAAAAGUGUUAAACCGAGAUGGUAUGUGAUCAUGUUCGGAAUGGUUAAGUUCCCGCCGGAAACCGAGCUGAGGAAUAUAAAGAGCCGUCAGGUUCGCCGGAAUGUUCCACCGGUUAUGUUCCCGUCUCCCGCUGACCGGAGACCUCGUAGAACUCGAGGGUCCUCACCGUCUCCUUCUUGGAGGUUUCUCAACGCCUUGAGUUGCAAGGAGCCCACAAGUGUCGCUGCAACGACACCGCUUUGGUUUCCACAUGUUUAAAUUACUAUAUUAUCCCUAAGAACCAUUGUGUUGUGGCUACGUACUCGUUUUGUUGCGACUGAGAAGAAUAUAACCGUCAUUUACUAUAAGAUAUAACGAUAUUGUAAUUUUUCUUUUGUCAGCCACGAUAUUGUAAUUUAUUUUGUUAAACAAUAUCGAUAAUAGUUUGGACCAUAACAUACCCUUUUCUUUAUGUUAUAUACAUUUCUUUUCUUUUCU